AUGGAGCUGAAGAGUACUGUGCACUGCGACUGUUGCGACAGAGCGAAAAGAAAUAAAGGAGUUUGGGCAGAAGAAUUGCUUUCUGCCCUUGGACACCACCGAGUAAGUAUCAUUAAAGUCCCUGCCCCCACCGCUGUCCUGUCUAAGUCAGAGCCUCCCAAAGAGCCUGAACAGCUGCAGAAGAUCUUCACUGGGGGUUUGAGCUUUGAAACAACCAAUGAGGGUCUGAGGAGCCAUUUUGAGCAAUGGGGAAUACUCACAGACAGUGUGGUAAUGAGACGUCCAAACACCAAACAUUCCAGAUCCUUUGGGUUUAUCACGUAUGCCACUGCGGAGGAGGUGGAGGCAGCCAUGAACGCAAGGCCACACAAGCUGGAUGGAAUUGUUGCGGAAUCAAAGAGGGCUGUCUCAAGAGAAUAUUCUCAAAGACCUGUUGCCCACUUAACUAUGAAAAAGAUUUUUGUUGAUGGCGUUAAAGAAGACACUGAAGAACAUCAUCUAAGAGAUUAUUUUGAACAGCAUGGGAAAAUUGAAGUGAUUGAGAUCAUGACUGACCGAGGCACUGGGAGAAAGAGAGGCUUUGCUUUUGUAAUGUUUGAUGACCAUGACUCUGUAGACAGAUUGUCCUUUAAAAAUCCCAUACGGCCACAUGUGGUGAAUGGCCACAACGGUGAAGGAAGGCAAGCCCUAUCUAAGCAAGAAAUGGCUAGUGCUUCAUCCAGUCAAGGAGGUCAAAGUCGUUCUGGAAACUCUAGUGGCAGUUGUGAAAGUGGUUUUGGUGGGAAUGACAACUUUGGUCAUGGAGGGAACUUCAGCAGACAAGGAGGCUUUGGUGGCAGUCGAGGUGGUGGUGGAUAUGGUGGCAGCGGGGAUGGCUAUGGAUUUGGUAAUGAUGGAAGCAAUUUUGGAGGUGGUGGAAGCUGUAAUGAUUCUGGCAAUUGCAACAGUAAAUUUUCAAAUUUUGGACCCAUGAAAGGAGGAAAUUUUGGAGGUAGGAGCUCUGGCCCCUAUGGUGGUGGAGGCCAAUACUUUGCCAAACCAUGAAUCCAAGCUGGCUAUGGCGGUUCCAGCAGCAGCAAUAGCUACAGCUGUGGCAGGACGUUUUAAUUACUGCCAGGAAACAGCUUAAUAGGAGAGGAGAGCCAGAGAAAUGACAGGGAAGCUACAGGUUGCAACAGAUUUGUGAACUCAGCCAAGCACAGUGGUAGCAGGGCCUAGCUGCUAUGAAGAAGACAUGUUUUAAACAAUACUCAUAUGUAUGGGCAAAAAAUUUGAGGACUGUAUUUGUGACUAAUUGUAGAACAAGUUAUUUUAGUUUCUGUUCUAUGGAAAGUGUAAAGCAUUCCAACAAAGGGUUCUAAUGUAGAUUUUUUUUUUUUUUGCACCCAUGCUGUUGAUUGCUAAAUAUAGUGGUCUGGUCAUGGCACUGAAUAAAUGUGUCUUUAA